AAAGAAAGAAGAAAAGGCAGCCCACUCUCUGGUGUAUAUAAACCUCAUACUUCUGCUCAUAGAAAUUAUAUUCUUCUUCUUCAGUUCACUAAUAUCUCUCCUUCUCUAUAGAUCUGGAUUCAAAUGGUUUCAGAAAAAGCACAAGUGUCUCAUGAUGUUUUUCCUUACCUUCGGGUGUACAAAGACGGGACCAUCGAGCGAUUUGCCGGCACAGAAGUUGUUCCUGCAGGUUUGGAUCCUGAAACUGGUGUUUUCUCCAAAGACACGGUUAUCGUACCGGAAACUCGUGUCUCGGCGAGGCUCUACCGUCCCAGUUUAGCAAAAGCUAGCCAAAAGCUUCCUCUCGUUAUUUACUUUCAUGGUGGUGGGUUCUUCAUAUCAUCCACUGCUGACCCCUUGUACCAUCGAUCUCUCAACAAGCUAGUGGCUGAGGCAAACAUUGUUCUUGUGUCGGUUGACUAUAGGUUAGCCCCGGAGAACUCUCUUCCGGCUGCAUAUGAGGACUCGUGGGCUGCACUGAACUGGGUGGCUGCUCAUGCUGGUGAAGGUGACGGGAAGGAGGCGUGGCUCAAGGAUUAUGCUGAUUUUGGACGGGUGUUCUUGGGAGGAGAUAGCUGCGGUGCUAAUAUGACCCAUCAUUUGACGUUGAAGCUCAAGGGAUCAGAACUGAGUAGAGAGCUGAAGAUUGAAGGCGUCGCUAUGAUUCAUCCUUACUUCUGGGGGCAAGAUCCCGUUGGAGUAGAGAAGAUUGAUCAUGUAAGAAGAUCAAUGGUGGAUAACUGGUGGACGUUCAUCUGCCCAUCCCAUAAAGGAUGUGAUGAUCCACUCAUCAACCCAUUUGCUGAUGGAUCUCCCAGUCUUGAAGGGCUGGCUUGCAAUAGGGUCCUUGUUAUUGUGGCAGAUAAAGAUAUAUUAAGAGAUAGAGGAAAGCUUUAUUAUGAAAAAUUAUUGAGCAGCGGAUGGAAAGGGACUGCAAAACUUGUGGAGAUUAGAGGAGAGGAUCACGUCUUCCAUAUAUUCGAUCCCAAUACUGAGAAUGCUAAGAGCAUGUUCAGAGAUCUUGCUUCUUUCUUCGGUAAAGCAAGACAUUGAUUUGAUAGAGGGUUUUCGAUUUGAUGUUGUGUGUUACUUUCUAAUGUUGUUUUAUGUGGAAAAAAAAAAAAAAAGAAAUCGAUUUACAUUGCUAA